AUGCGCGACGGGACACGGGACGGGGCGGGCCGCAGCGGUGCUGGGUCAGGGGCGCGCGGGGGUCCCACGGGAGAAGUGGCACUGGAGGUGUCGGGCAGCCUCCGGCGGAAGGCGGCGCCGGGCACGGCCCCGUCGGAGCUGCAGGAGCUGCGGAGCCGCACGGAGCGCGCCGAGCGGCGGCUGCUGGCCUGCGAGAACCUGGUCGGGGAGCUGGGCAGCGGCCUGGCCGCCCUGAGCACCCUCCUGCAGGGCUACGGGCAGCUGCAGCAGCGCCUGCUCAACCUGGAGAACCUCCUCAAGAACAGGAACUUCUGGAUCCUGCGCCUGCCCCCCGCCUCUGGAGGGGAGAUCCCCAAGGUGCCGCUCACCUUCGAUGAUAUCUCGGUGUAUUUCAACGAGCUGGAGUGGGAGAGGCUGGAGCGCUGGCAGAAGGAUCUGUACAGGGCCGUGAUGAGGGGCAACUAUGAGACCUUGGUGUCCCUGGACUACGCCGUGUCCAAGCCCGACAUCCUGUCCCAGAUGGAGAGGGAUGAAGAGCUCAGUGACAGAGAGGGUCAGGAGCCCCCAUGGACACAGACUGGGGACGGUCAGGAGCCCCUCCGGGCAGCAGAAGAGAGGGACAAGGCAGACGAGGCUGGAGGAGAUGGAAGCCCCAUGGAAGCUGCCCCAGACGGUGCCGAGUCCAAGCCCAGCGGCCGGACCUGCCUCGAGAGGGAUGAAGAGCCCAGCAACAAAAAGGGUCCCGAGCCCUCAUGGACACAGAAUGGGGACAGCCAGAAAACCCCACAGAUACAGACUGGGGACAGCCAGGAACCCCCAGAGACACAGAUUGGGAACAGCCCGAAAUCCCCACGGACUCGGAGUGGGAACAGCCAGAAAACCCCACAGAUACAGACUGGGGACAGCCCAAAAUCCUCAUGGACACGGAGUGGGAACAGCCCAAAGUGCCCAUGGGCACAGAGUGGGAACAGCCAAAAGUGCCCAUGGACACGGAGUGGGAACAGCCAGAAAACCCCACAAAUACAGGCUGGGGACAGCCAGAACCCCCCACAGACACAGACUGGGGACAGCCCAAAAUCCUCAUGGACACGAAGUGGGAACAGCCAGAAAACCCUACAGACACAGACUGGGGACAGCCCAGAGUCCCCAUGGACACGGAGUGGGAACAGCCCAAAGUCCCCAAGGACACAGAAUGGGAACAGCCCAAAGUCCCCAAGGACACAGAGUGGGAACAGCCCAAAACCCCCACAGGCACAGACUGGGAACAGCCCCAAGUCCCCACAGGCAGACAAAGGGGACAGCCAGACACUGCCUCAGACACAGACUGGGGACAGUCAGAAUCCCCUCCAGACAGGUGUCCCCAACAAUCAGAAGCCCCCACAGACACCAGGAGAGAUGGAGCAGCAGGAAGAGGCUUCGGGAGAGGAUGCCAUGCCCAUGGCAGCCGGCCCAGAGGUCCCCAUCCUGAUGAUGAACGUGAUGUCCCUGGGGGAGCAUCAGCUGGGAACAGUGGCAGAGGAGGACGUGGAGAUGGAGGAGGACCCGGGAGAGCCUGACACUGAGGAAGCCUUAUCCAUGGAAGAUGAAACACUAUGUGAAGGGGCUUCUCUUGAGGACAUCAAGGUGAAGGAAGAGGAGCUUGAGCUGCCGGCAGAGGAAUCCACACCCUCUCCCGACUCAGAGAUCCAGAAGUGUCCCAAAAAUGAGCUGGUGAAAGCCAAGAUCAAGAAAAAGCCGAACCGGUGCGAGGCCAGCAACCUCCUGAUGGGCAACUGCCGGCGCGGGUACGUGCGGGAAUGGUCCCAUCCCUGCACGGAGUGCGGGAAGCGCUUCCGCCUCAAGAUCAACCUCAUCAUCCACCAGCGCAGCCACGCCAAGGAGGGGCCCUACGAGUGCCCCGUGUGCGAGAUCGGCUUCAGCACCAAACGGCACCUGGACCUUCACCGCAGCAUCCACGUCAAGGACAGAGCCUUCGGGGCCAAGGUCUGGGGCAACGUCCACCCCGAGCUGCGCGUCCGCCCGCGCAGGGACGUGUGCGGCGACGGCGGCCACGCCGGGGGGACGUGGCUGAGCCAGCCCAAGGAGGAGCCGGACAGAGAGGGCCUGUCUGGCACAGGGAUGGUGCAGGCGCCCAAUUCCAGGCAGAAGUGCCCCCACUGCAAGAAGUUCCUGGCCUGGUCCACGUCGAUGCGGCGGCACCUCCAGACCCACAAGCGGGACCGGCCCUACUGCUGCAGCUCCUGCAAUAAGUGCUUCACCCGCAGCAAUCACCUCCUACGCCACAAGAAGAUCCACGAGAGGGCUGUGGACGCACUCCAGCGGAAGGCCGAGGCCCAGUGUCCUGCUGCUAUCCCGGCAUCCCUGCAGCACCAAGCUCCCGAGGCCGAGAGGAGCCCUUCCCAAGAGAAUGGGAGCCCUGAGGCUGCAAAAGCGAGCCUGCCCAAGGAAGCCUUAUCCAUGGAAGAUGAAACACUAUGUGAAGGGGCUUCUCUUGAGGACAUCAAGGUGAAGGAAGAGGAGCUUGAGCUGCCGGCAGAGGAAUCCACACCCUCUCCCGACUCAGAGAUCCAGAAGUGUCCCAAAAAUGAGCUGGUGAAAGCCAAGAUCAAGAAAAAGCCGAACCGGUGCGAGGCCAGCAACCUCCUGAUGGGCAACUGCCGGCGCGGGUACGUGCGGGAAUGGUCCCAUCCCUGCACGGAGUGCGGGAAGCGCUUCCGCCUCAAGAUCAACCUCAUCAUCCACCAGCGCAGCCACGCCAAGGAGGGGCCCUACGAGUGCCCCGUGUGCGAGAUCGGCUUCAGCACCAAACGGCACCUGGACCUUCACCGCAGCAUCCACGUCAAGGACAGAGCCUUCGGGGCCAAGGUCUGGGGCAACGUCCACCCCGAGCUGCGCGUCCGCCCGCGCAGGGACGUGUGCGGCGACGGCGGCCACGCCGGGGGGACGUGGCUGAGCCAGCCCAAGGAGGAGCCGGACAGAGAGGGCCUGUCUGGCACAGGGAUGGUGCAGGCGCCCAAUUCCAGGCAGAAGUGCCCCCACUGCAAGAAGUUCCUGGCCUGGUCCACGUCGAUGCGGCGGCACCUCCAGACCCACAAGCGGGACCGGCCCUACUGCUGCAGCUCCUGCAAUAAGUGCUUCACCCGCAGCAAUCACCUCCUGCGCCACAAGAAGAUCCACGAGAGGGCUGUGGACGCACUCCAGCGGAAGGCCGAGGCCCAGUGUCCUGCUGCUAUCCCGGCAUCCCUGCAGCACCAAGCUCCCGAGGCCGAGAGGAGCCCUUCCCAAGAGAAUGGGAGCCCUGAGGCUGCAAAAGCGAGCCUGCCCAGUGUGCUGCUGUUGGAGGCAGUGCCAGUGGGGCUCCCAGACAAAGGCUCCCCACUCCCUGACUGCAUCAGGAAAGCUGUGCAGCCCGUGGUCCAGCUGGGAUCCAGGGCAGUGGUUUCGGAGAUGACAGAGAAAUGACGGAUGACAGACCCCGGGACAGAUCUGAGCCGUGCGUGUCCCUGGAAGGAAGCUGCUUGUUGGGUUUGCACCUGGUGGGACACCAAGAAUGGGAAUCUGCUGUGUUUUAGGAGCUUCCCGGGUUGUAGAAAGAGUGGGAAGCUUGGUGACCGCAAUAGAGAACAAAUUGCAGAAGCCUCCAGUGAUCCAUAAUGCUUCACCAUUCCACUGACUUGUUCCUGUUGGCCGAUACUUGGAAUUUCCCCAAGCUGACAUUCCUGGGAGAUGACCAGGUGAAUCCUGGUCAUACAGGAGCAGAGCUUUCCCAUUCCUUGAUGUUGGAGCUGACUCCUUGCAUUCAGAAACACAACUGAAGAGGGCAGGGAGAAGGGAAUGGAGCUGGCAGCAUUCCCAUGCAGCCCUUUGCUCCAUGGAACAAGCAUCCUGACUGAGACACCAGAUGGUGAGUGACAUCUCUGAGAUCCCACCGUGUCCUGGCCACCCUUGUCACCCCCAGCCUGGGGAGGAGAUCCGCCAACAGCCCCUUCAGCAGGCUGGGAACACUGGAGCUUUGCACUGGAAGAUCCAUAGGACAAACCAAACCCCAACAUUCUGUGCUGGCAUAUUCCGGGGAUCCCGGCAGGUCCGUGAGGAAGGCCACAGGCACUCUCAGGACUAUCCUGCACAGGUGCAGAAUGAUUUUUGGAAUACUUGACGGGUCAGCCAGCCCCAUGCUGCAGCAGCACCCCAAUCCUUGUGGAUCCGCCUGCACGGAGCAGCCCCUCAGCUCUAGAGGAAACUCCCACUCUCCCAACCACAGCUCGUCCCCUUUUGCCCAAAAUCCCACCAUAAUGAAUCCUAUGGGAAAACAGUUCUGCAGCUACCUCAGUCAGGGAGAGGGGACCUGCCCAGAGGCAGCCAGUGGAAGCCAGGCCUGGCGCUGCCCCAGUGUCCCCUGGAGCCACCAGAGCAGUGUCCUUGGCCAGAGCCCCACGUGCCUUCCACAUGCUGGCUGUGCACAGGGAGAACCUCCCGCCCGGAGCCAGCGCCACACGGACACGGUGGAGCAGCUGUUGGGACUCUUGCAUUUAGUUUUCCUUUUUUUUUUUUUUUGGUUUGAGUUGUUUGAGGUAAUUAUUUGAUAUCCUGAGAUCUCUGUUCCUCUCUGAGCAGUGAGCACUGGUAGGCUUUUCCCAUCUUUCAUUCCAAGUCACUCCCAAGGUGUGAUGGUGCUGCUGUGGGAAGCUUUGGGAGCUGAGGGAAUGCCUGUGCAUACAUCCAGGUAUGACCCUCAGCCACCUCCUGCUCCAUGGGAUGGACAGCAGCAUCUGAGCUGCUCCACAGGAAUACACACGACAUCCCACUGCUCCUCUGGGCUGGUGUCUCACACUUCCUGCCCCUGGGAUUGCAGUGUGGAGCAUUCCCUGCAGCAGGAGCCAUGGAUCUGGCAGUGAGCCAGUGGCUGGUUAUCCCUGCCCAGGUAGAGAUGCCAGUGCUCCCCAGUCGAUCCUAGGGGCAUGGCUGAGCUGGUUUGCCAGUGCUGAAGGCCAGCAGGAGGGCGAGCAGCCCCAGCCUGGCAUUUCUAAAUCUGCUGUAACCAGGAGCAGCAUUUCCUGCGACAUUCCCGAUCCCUUUCUCAGGCUGUG